CGAAGAGCUCGACAUGUCAUUCAGAGGAAUCCGCCACCUGAAACGCGAGGAAGUGAAGGCGACUCAAUUGGGUAUAAAGCAUCAGCCAACAUCUGCCCCGAGCAGAGCAAAGCUGAUGAAAACAUCAGCUCGGAGCUCGUGCAGGACCUCUCCGCUUUAUUUUAUCUGCCGUGGAUUUAUCAUUUGGCUUCACCGAGUCGGUGCACCCUGGGAGACGCAUCUCUUUUCUGCACUUCAAGUGAAUGCGGCUCAGCGCCCAACAACACUAUACUGGAAUUAACUGACAUCCACACAGAUAAAGGCGCACCUGUUACCUCCACGGAGCGCAAGACCAUGAUCCCUCCGGGAGACUGCAUGUAUGCGGGCAGGAAGCGGAGGAAGCCCAUCCAGAAACAGAAGCCGUCCUCUGCCAGUGAGAAAACCAACCCGUCCAAGCGGCACCGGGACAGGCUGAAUGCUGAGCUGGACCGGCUGGCCAGCCUGCUGCCGUUCCCCCCAGAUGUCAUCUCCAAGCUGGACAAGCUGUCCGUGCUGCGCCUUGCAGUUUCCUACCUCCGCGUCAAAAGUUUCUUCCAAGCAACCCCAGAGAAGACGUCCAGGAAGCACAUCAUCAGCACAGCAUCCUCUAACCCUGAACCCAGGAAAGAGAGUCUUCCACCGGGAACCUCCGUCAAUGAAAGCAGCCUCCUCCUGGAAUCUCUGACAGGCUUUGCCUUGGUGGUGAGCGGUGAUGGAAUGGUGUUUUAUGCCUCUUCAACCAUUGUGGAUUAUCUGGGAUUUCAUCAGACUGACGUCAUGCACCAGAAUGUGUUUGACUACAUUCACAUAGACGACCGUCAGGAGUUCAGACGCCAGCUCCACUGGGCCAUGUGUCCUCCUCCGCAGCAGGGGACGUCGGCACACCAGGAUGGCCAUCUAGCUGCAGGGACUGGUGAGGAGUUUGUAGUGAGCAGCCAGUUUCACUCUCUGGAGGCAGGGGGAAUUCCUCCUGAGCUCUCCUGCUUCCUCAACAGAUGUUUCAUAGCCAGAGUCCGAUGCCUGUUGGACAGCACCUCUGGAUUCUUGACUAUGCAGUUCCAGGGUCGGCUGAAGUUCCUCCAUGGGCAGAAAAAGAAGUCGGCCUCUGGGGCUCUGAUGCCGCCACAGCUGGCUCUGUUCUGCAUAGCUGUACCCCUCCUACUGCCCUCCAUCACUGAGAUGAAAAUGAAGAACAUGUUAAUGCGGGGAAAGAACAAGGGAGGAGGAGGAGGAGGGAUUAUCUCUGCACUGGAGCAUGGUGAGCGAGGGGAACACCUCCGGAGACACUCCUUCAGUGGAGGAAUGGGUGACAUUGCAGACCCUCUCCUCCUCUCGUGUCCCACUCCUGGCGGUACCCAGCGAGGUCACCACACCCCCUGGACCCCGCUCUCCAAAGACAACCUCAAGUACCGCCCUGAUGGUUACUACAACCAGGAGGAGCCCCUCAACUACUGCAAGUCCUCCAUGGCUUCCCAUAAAGGUCUCAGCCCCGGCCUGGGUGGCGGCUGGCCCCUGCGGCCAAACUCAGGUCCCCUCAGAGGGGGCCAGGGUGUUGGCUACAUCCCCUCCAACCGCCUGAACAAGGCCGGUCAGUACGGGAAGCCAUACCGCGUUUCCCCGAGCUGCCACAGCAGCAGAGGUGGAGAGGUGUUUGUGUCUAAGCUCUACGGGAACACCCAGAUUCCCACAGACCCGGACGGCUUCUGCGUGGACCUGGUGAAGAGCGAGAACGGCUACGGAGAAUGCUACGAUGGCCAUCUGAUGCCCGAGAUGCCCCCCAUCAAGGUAGAGCACGACUCAGACUCCGAAAACGGUUGCGACGCCUACGGGCGACCCUGGGCUUGCCGCGACCCAGACGCCAUGGACCGUCGCUAUGGUAACGGGAUGUACGACCAGAGCUCCGGCCUGCAGCUCAAAUCAGAGGCAGAUUAUUAUGACCCGCAGUACUCGCCCUGUCAGCGAGGCAAAGCAGGCAUCAGCCCGCCGUACAACAACGGCAGCUAUCACAACUAUGCAGUCAACAACAGCGGGAAUAACACGGCACGUCUGUUGAAGUGCGACAAGGACCUGGGACACAACGACAACAGCCAGUUCAGUCCUCAGAGACUCUCCCACUCAGACUCUCUAUGCAGCAACCAAUCCGUCAACCUCAUGGACUCACACGUCUACCCACAGGACCCUCACAAGGCCUACAUGCACCCGGACUACAACAAGCACGGCACUUAUGAGUUCAAAGGUCACGGCCUGAUCCAUUCGAUCAAGCGGGAGCCCAUGGACUCCCCACCGUGGCCCGAGAGCGGCCAUGACAUAAAUCAGUCCAUGAUGGUUGGUCCAAGGAACGUUAUGCCGUGUGUGAUGAGCACAGGACACCACAAGUCCAGUCCCUACAUUUAUAUGCCGUAAGACUGACCGGAGCAUCACCCACACAUGCACACAACCGCAGGUAAUUACCUGCACACACACACACACACACACACAUAAACAAUCAGUGUGCAUUCUUGUGCUUUGUAUUAUUAUCGUUUUCAUACACAUGCACCAGCAUAACAAAAGGACAGUCUCUGAUUAUCAGGAUUCGGAGGAUGUCAAGCGCCUCUUCGUUUUGGUGAAGAGGUCACAAUCAAGGCUCAGGUUCUAGCGUUAGCGUCGUGACAAUCAGAAAUAAAGUUUUUAAUCCAGUUUGCGGAUGAUUUAGAUGAUUUUGUUUUUAAAGAAUACAUUUUGUAGUUGGUUCCAGGCACUUUUGGAUUUAGAGACAAUGAGACAAAUUAUGUCUAGAAACACCGUUUCAUUGUGUUUUAUAUGUUGUGCACACCAGGCUUUCGUGGGAGGAACAAAGAUUUUGCUGUAAAAAGAGACUUUUGUAAACUUUGUACACAGGAGAUGACUUAACACCUGCUACCAGGCUUAUUCAAGGGAGAAGGCUGAUACAUGAGAACAUGCUUAGGAGUCAGUGAUUACAACUUACAGCAUAAUCUGCCUCGAAGAUUUAAAGGAGCUUAUUGCUGGUUUUGCAUGUUUUAGUGCUUUAACGAUACAGGUGUUCUAAACUAUACCUGCUUUUUUCAUUACCACCUCCAGUGAUGUAUGAAUGGAAACUACUGGUUUCUAUGCAUUUGAGUUAUUAAAUCAACAUGCAAACACAGGAAACUGACUUGAAAUCCACUGCAGUAAAAAGAAAUGUUUGGUCAAAGUUACACAGUGGUUGCAAGAUUAUAUAUUUCACCAUCCACGCAUUGAAGGACAAAGAUAACUGAUACUGAGUGGCUGCUGAAAAACAGGUUGUAAUGCAUGACUCAGCAACAUUCACGUCAUUUUUUUCACAUCUGUGUUUGCGCUGAAUUCGAUUUUCCAGGAGCAUAGCUUACAAUGCAAUCCUUAUGUCAGAGCGUCCUUGAACACACCAUCAGGAAUGGGUUUAGAAACUGUCCCUGUUCUCUGCAGAGUCAUGGACAGUGAUGGAGAGUAAAUGCAGUUUGUAGUUCAUGGACCAAAACAUGUAAAACUCCUCAUAUGGCCAAAGCUUUAAGUAGAUUCACUACAUGUGUUCAUGAAACUAGGAACAGUGUGAUUACACAACCCUCAACCACAAACCUGUGGCUCCAGCCUGUGUCCUGCUGAAGUACCGCUGAGCAAGGCAGCGAAUUACAGCCGGGCCUACAGGCACCGCUCUGCGCUCGCUCCUCGGCUCUGACCUCGGUGUGGAAGGAAGAAACAGAAAAAUGAAAUUCAGAGCGCGCAGUAAAAAAAAAAAUUCAGGUUGUCAAAGGCAAAACUGAUUUCAAAGAAAGGCGCAUGUAACAUUUAACACUUGAAACGUGAGAACAACUCAAUUCAAAUCACAGCAGAACUGACCUUUGACCUGCGGAGCCUACGAUGAACCUGGACCUAAGAAAAACGUUCUGCACCAUGUUAAUUAUUUGUUUGGAAAAGUGUUUGACUGAAGUGAAGGAAAAGAGUCUUUAAAGGUUAAAAGGUUCGAUGCUCAUUCUUCUUUCAAUGCGCACAACGCUCUCACCAUUUUCAAACUCCGGUUGAAUGUACAAAUCAUUUCUGUCAUUUAAUGUCAAAGCUAAUGUUGUACAGCUUGGAUCAACGCUUCAGCUCGACGCAGCCUCUCGCUGCAGAUGCCGCACACUUCCUUUGAAACAAACGCACACGUCGUCUUUUCAGUCGGAAAACAUCAGACAUUUUCUUCACAAUCAGUGUUUUUUUGCACAAAUUCAUUAAAAGCACCAAAUUGAUUCGAUGUCAGUCUCGGUUCUGUGACGCUACUGUAGUAGUUCCUAAAUUGCACUACUGAGAGUAGUUGAGUUGAAGUUCAGCCUACACAGACAGGUUUUUAGUCGACACGCACAACUCUUCUCUAUGGUGUCACUGUUUUGAAUUUGUCCUUUUCUCUUUGUGUGUGUUCAUUUCAAUAAAUGUUUGAAUUCGUAUUUAUUGUAAGACGCAAACGUGUAUAAUUUAAAAACGACAGUUUUGAAGGCUUUUCUGUUCCACUGAGGUCAGUGAAUAUGGCUUUUUUCUUGCUCUUUUUUGAUAAUUGUUAAAAAGACUCAUGCUUGUCUCAUGGAGGAGGUAGCUGCAAGGUAGCGAACACAGUGUACAUAUGCAGUGUCUUCCAGUGUUUCUACGUGUUUUUGCAAAUGGAACUUAUCUAUUAAAAGACCUUUCUUUAUA